AGUGUGGGAGGAGAUGUGCGUGCCUGGAGCAGCAGGAGUCCGGGCAGCUUGUUUGUGGAACUCAGUGCUGAUGGGUGCAGGAACUGAGAUGUGACCUGGUCAUGUUGAUGUGAGAAAAAGGCAAUGAUGUUUUUAGACGAAGUGCCAAAUGAGAACGGACUGAAGCCAGCAAACACAAAGCUGUGCUCUCUGACGCUCAGUAUCAGGAGGAGCUGCUCCCUCCCGCAGGCGGAACCCCAAAGAGCUCAGCAGGACUGUGGCUGCCACGUGCACUGCACACAGACACGAGCACAGCAUCAGCUGGCAAACCUCAUCCAAAUGUUCCUCCUGCCUCAUUUGACUGCCUUAAAAUCACACCGUUAGGCACCCAGCACCAAGGCUUUACACAGCUAUAUUAAUGUUGCCGACGGCUGCGUUUAAUACCUCUGUAGUAACCACUGCUUAAUCUGCAGGGGGUGAGCAGCCAUAACUCGGUAUAUAAUGAUUCUGACACCCAGCAGAUCCCUGCUAAAUCCGUCCUGCAGCAUUCCAGCACUGGGGCACUGACGCAGGGUGGGAGGGCUCCUGCCUGCACAUCCUGGAGCUGCCGGGUCGCACAGGAUGGAAGGGGCUGUUGGGGGAGGGCUGCCAUCACUGAGAGCGACUGCUAAGCAAUUACAGAAGAAGGCAGGAAGUGAAACACCAACCAGAGGGCAGAGUUCACCGCACCGCGCUUUGCCAGAACUGCAGGCCUUGCAGCAAUAGGAACCAUCUGACCCCAUGAGCUACACCUGCCUCAAAAUAGAAUACAGAUCAAACGAAAACAAACUUCAGCUCAGGUUGUCUUCAUAGCAAUGGACAACAGUGCAGGGUGAAAUCCAGAGUUAGCUGAAAAUGUGCCAUUUUUUGCCAUCGGAAGACAGUGAUUUUAUCUCAGGUGUGCAUGUUGGCAGCUACUGAACGCUUGAGCUCCCUGCAGAAUGCCCUAUGUGUGCCAAAGACAGAACGGAGUUCUGGAAAAUACAGCCACUGCAGAGUAUAUGCAAGUGGAAGGCUACAGGAGCCCAUCUGUGCCACCGACCCCCAGUGCCAGAGCCUCCCAUCCACAGAAAGGCCCAGCCUGAGCAUUGGAGUUGCUGGGGGCUGCUGGGAGCCCAGGUCUGUAGAAAAUCCAUUUGGUUUCCUUGGGAGGACUGCACCAGGCAUGGUUCUGAUUCAUCCAUGUAUGUAUGCUUUAGUAAAAAGGCUUAAAUUCAGCACAGGGCUCUGCAAACCCUGUGAUCACAAAGAUGAAAGCCUGUGCUCAGCAUGCAUAACUGCUGUGCUAUAUGACAGCCAUCUCACAGAAGGAAAAUACCACCUACAGUUCACAUCUGUGAAAUGCGCACGGAUUUCCACAUCCACGACACAGAACGCUGCUCAGGAGUGUUCCACAUUUCCUGCAGGAUGCCAGAGCAGGAAAAGCAGUGACUGAAUUCAGCAAGGAAUUCAGAUGUAAGUCCUCAACAAACAAUGGCAAAACUUGGAUGGACAGCGAAACAAAAAAUGGAAACCAGGAAUAUCUUCGAAAGAUAUUCCAUCAGCAGGGACACCAAGAGACAUGAAGGACGUGCCAGACUAAGUGCGAACUACAGAAGCGCACACAGCGACUGCACUCUGCACCAGCAUUGUGUCCCAGCAGAAGGCUCUGUGUUUGCACUGCACGUUUCAUCCUUGGGAAGGAGAGCUGUUAAUAACUGCCAUUGCUGUUCCCAUCCCAUCGAGCACCAAACUGAAACCCAGAGAAAUGCAGGAGUGCCCGCAGUGACUCACAGUGCUGUGCUCAGAGCUCUGCAGCCCUGAUGUCCCCAUGAGCUGCAGGGCUCGGGCAGCAGCUCCUCCUGGGCAGCUUCACAGAGACAGCUGAGUCAACAUUUAGAUAAGAGAGCACCUGUAAGCAGCAGCACAAGGAUUCUGCGUGGGUAAAACUGUCCUAAAGCACUCCGAGACCACAGAGGGCUCCUCCCAGGGGAGAUCCAGUCCUGCCUUCUCAUUUCCCUCACUCAUUUGAGCCUGGUUGUUCCAUGGGGCAGAGCAGCCCUUGGGAGUGACGGCGGGUGCCUGUCCCCUUUGGAACGUGGGGCAUCGGGACACCACGGGAAGCCAGAGCACAAUUCCUUUCUUUCUAAUUUUUUAACAAAAUUAAGAGGGAGCAGUACCUUUACCCAGGGGAGGCCUUUCCAUCCUCAUUUCUUCUUAAAGCAAUAAUGGUUCCUUGUUGGUCCUGCAUGGCGGGCUGCAAAGUGCCAGUGGAGGUGCACACACACACUCAUACGUAUGCACACACACACCCUGUGCUGGGCUCACACACACACACACACACACACACACACACACACACACACACACACUGCAGCUCACUGCAUCCAGCUGGGGAGCACUUCCAGCAGCGCUGCCAUUACACACUUGGAGAGCAUCGUUAUCAAAUUGCUCCAUCAAAAAUGAAAAUCUCUUUUAGUAAAAUAAAGACGGCAGCUGCUGGCAGGCCUUGAGGUGUGGCCUGGUGUAGAUGCAUGUCAAAGCUUCCCAUUAUGAAAAGGAAAAAAACCACUGUGAAGAACACACAAAUUGCACCGAAAUCCCCUACAAUCACGAGUGAAAUACUUCUCCAUAGAAGUUGUAGUAUUCAUCACUGGCUACAGAGACCUACAGCUGUGUCUGAAGUUCAAAAUGGACGCACACAACCCACACCACAUGUAAGGUUUUCUGGAUUUGCAGUGCCAGGAUAAAACCAAGGCUAAUGAACCUGGCUGAAUGGCACGGCAAUGCCCCAAAGCAGGCUGCACCGGGCGCGUCCUUCGUGUGACAGGUCUGGGUGAGUUGGACUCCAGGGACGAUGCUGAAGAGCAGCCAUGUGACAGGCACCACUUGGCUGUAUUAAUAUUAUUAACAAAAUGAAAAACCUGGAUGACAAAGCAUUGUAAUUAUCUCUCCCGUCCCUCAAUUCAGCAUCCCUAGACUAAAAAUAUGUUGAAUAUCCUUUUUCUUUUGUAGUCUCUUGGACACGCUUCCCCCAAACUGUGCUUGGAGGAGCUCCGUGCUGCUGCCAGGAUUGGCGUCAGACUGCUCCCAAAAUUCUCCAUGCUUCUGUUUUAGAAACGCAGAGCACCAUCUCCUGUGGCUGUCCUCUCCUGGCAGCGAAUAGCCAUAGCUAACUGCAGUGCCUGGGAGGAAAAGGAAAUAUCCUUUUCUCUUUUACUUUGGGUAAAUAUUUGCAUGUUUUGUCUAGCAGAACACAUACCCUGGUGUCCCUCCUCUGGAAGGGGAUGUCACGGUGCAUGCUGGAGGAAGGGAAGCAGCGAGCCAUCACUGCUCAAGCUCCAUAUUUUCUGUGCACUCCAUUUCCAUGGUGCAACGCCAGGGGCCCUGGCGGGACCUCACCCCAUUGCUGCUGCCCAGGGGGUCCCCCCCCAUCCCCUGGGGCAGCUGCACCACGGGCACCUGCACCCGAGGGGGCCGAGCAGGCUCUGCCGGGUGGUGGCACCAGCCCACAGCGAUCCCCUCCAGCAGGACUCGCCCCCCAUGGGUAAUUGCUGCUUCGUUCCCCAGGCAGUCUCAGUUAUCGUCGCUGUUUGUGUCACUUGUUUGGUUGUCAUCACAAGUCAGACCUGAUGAUUCAGGAAGUCACAUUUUUGAUGUAGUUUUGAAACACGCUGCUAUUAACCAAAGCAUCUUUCUGUUGUGGGAUCGCCGGAGACAAACGCCCAUAGGGAAAUAUUCCGGGCACAGAACUACCAGGUAGGGAGGAGGAAGAACAAACAGCGCUUCUCCAGCAGCAGCAUCCACGGGGCGGUAUAAAUAGGGAGCAGUGGGACCAGAGGCCGGCAGCAGCUCCUGCACCGCCCGCGCAGCUCGCGCGGCUGCACCAUGAGCUGCGCGCGGCAGUGCGGCACCUGGGGCAGCGCGGGCAGCCGGGCGGGCACCAUGCAGGGCUCCUCUGCCUCCGCAGGACGGCACGCAGCCUUCGAGGUCGCAGCCGCAGCCGGGGCUUUCUCUGGCGGCAGUUUGGGCGAGGCGCUGCUCGGGCAGCAGCUGGGGGUCGGCAGCAUGAGUGGGGGCAGCUUCGGAGCGACCCCACGGGCCUGUUCCACCCUUGGGUUCAGCACGGGGGGCGUGUGUGCGCGCGGCGUCGGAGGUUUCGGCAGGGCCGGCGAGGGGAUCCUGUUUGCCAACAAUGAGAAGGCAACGAUGCAGAACCUCAAUGACCGCCUGGCCUCCUACCUGGACAAGGUGCGGCUGCUGGAGAGCGAGAAUGCCGAGCUGGAGUGCCGCAUCCGGGAGUGGUACGCCAAGGUGGGCCCCAGCUGUGAGCCGCGGGACUACAGCUGCUUCCACAAGGAGAUUGAAGACCUUCAGAACCAGAUCCUGUGUGCAGCCAUGGAGACCAACAAAAUCCUUCUGAACAUUGACAACAGUCGGAUGACAGCUGAUGACUUCCGAGCCAAGUAUGAGACCGAGUGCAGCCUCCGGCAGAAUGUGGACGCGGACAUCUGCAAUCUGCGCCCUGUGCUGGACCAGCUGGCCAGCUGCAAGGCUGACCUACAGCUGCAGUGCGAGGCCGUGACCGAGGAGAUGUGCUGUCUCAAGGCGAACCACGAGGAGGAAAUGAGCUCCCUGAGGAAGCAGGCGACCGGAGAUGUGAGCGUGGAGGUCAACGCCUGUCCUGGCCCAGACCUGAGGAAGAUCCUGGAGGAGCUGCGCUGUCAGUAUGAGACGCUGAUGGAGCGCAACCGCAAGGAGACGGAGCAGUGGUUUGCCUGCAAGGUGGAAGAGGUGAACCUGGAGGUCAUCACCAGCAGCCAGGAGAUAGAGUCGAGCAACAAGCAGGUCACGGAGCUGAGACGCCAGCUGCAGGGCCUGGAGAUCAACGUGCAAGCCCAACUGACCAUGAAAGAAAACCUGGAGUCCUCUCUGGCUGAGACAGAAUGCCGCUACAACAAAUACCUCACUGAGCUGCAGAGCCAGAUCUCCUGCGUGGAGCAGCGGCUGGCAGAGAUCCGGGCAGAGAUGGAGUGCCAGAACCAGGAGUACAAGAGCCUGCUGGAUAUCAAGUGCCGCCUGGAGCAGGAGAUCCACACCUACCGCUGCCUGCUGGAGGGCGGGCAGCAGGACAUCAUGUAUGCAGGCUGCAGGCAGAGCCGGGCACAGUGACAUCCCUGGGCCGUCACUCACAGGGA